UUGAAAGAAGAUUGAUUAUAAAAAAAAAAAAAUUGAGGACGCACAUGGACAUUUCCUUUGCGGCCGAUUUGGCACUGUAUGCGAGAGUGCACCUAAACAUACCUAACAAUGAAAAAUCAAUAAACUUUAAUAAAUGAAAAGUUCUAAAAUCAUGUUAAACAAAAAUGAUUUUAUGAUGUUAUUAAUGCUUCUUUCCACGGCAUUUUGCUGGAUGAGUACAAAAGAUAAAAAGCAUUACAGGGAGAAAGCACGACAAAUGUUUUAUCAUGGAUAUGAUAGUUACUUGAAAUAUGCAUAUCCUUAUGAUGAAUUAAAACCCCUAUCAUGUUCUGGACAAGAUACAUGGGGAAGUUAUUCUUUAACACUGAUUGAUGCUUUAGACACUUUGUUGAUCAUGGGUAAUAAAACAGAGUUUAAACGUGUGGCCAAGCUGCUUGAAGAUACAAUUUCAUUUGAACGUGAUAUUAAUGUUUCAGUAUUUGAAACAAAUAUAAGAGUUGUUGGAGGAUUACUAUCAGCACAUCUUCUUUCGUACAAAUCUGAGAUUGAACUUGAGCAAGGCUAUCCAUGUGAGGGACCAUUACUUAGAUUAGCUGUUCAAGCUGCUGAAAAACUUUUGCCUGCUUUUGUCACCAAUACAAGUAUGCCUUUUGGAACAGUUAACUUUGAUCAUGGUGUACCUAAUGGGGAAACACCAAUAACUUGUACUGCAAGUGUUGGCACUUUUAUAUUAGAGUUUGGAUCUUUAUCAUAUCUUACUGGUGACAAUCGAUUCAUUAAUGCAGCAACAGAUGCAUUAGAAGCUUUAUGGAAAAAAAGAUCUAAAAUUGGCCUAGUUGGCAAUCAUAUUAAUGUGCAAACUGGAGAAUGGACAGCUGUUGAUUCUGGUAUUGGUGCUGGAGUGGAUUCAUACUUUGAAUAUUUAGUGAAAGGAAGUACUCUCUUUUCAAAUCCUCGAUUUAUGGAGAUGUUCCAAGAACUUAGUGCAACUAUAAAAAAACGAUUAAAGUACAAUGAUUGGUAUUUAUGGGUGAACAUGGAUAGUGGGAAAGUCACACUUCCCAUAUUUCAAUCUUUAGAAGCAUAUUGGCCUGGAGUUCAGGUACUUGCUGGUAAUAUUGGUGAAGCUUCAAGAACUUUCUAUAAUUAUUAUCAAAUUUGGCGCCAAUAUGGUGCAACUCCAGAAUUUUAUGAAUUAAGCACCAGUAAGGCUUAUGCAAAAAGAGAAGGCUAUCCUUUACGACCAGAACUUAUUGAGAGUGCUCUUUAUUUAUAUCAGGCAACUUCAGACCCAUUCUUCUUAGAUGUUGGCCGUGACAUAAUUGAAUCAAUUGAAUUACUGAGUAAACAACCUUGCGGUUAUGCUACUAUCAAAGACGUAAAUACGCACGAGUUAGAAGAUCGAAUGGAAUCGUUUUUUCUGGCGGAAACGACAAAAUAUUUGUAUCUGCUUUUUGAUGAAGAUAACUUUAUUCAUAAAUACAGCGAUGAGCAUUUUAAAGCAGAAAGUAUUCAUAAUGAUUGUUUUUUGGGAAGUUCAGGCUAUAUAUUCAAUACUGAAGCGCAUCCUAUAGACUUGGCUGGCAUCCAUUGUUGUAAACAUAAACAUGUAAAUAGCACUUAUUUAUUAAACGCUUUAUCCAGAAAAUUUGCCUGCAAACGAAGACCUUUUCACCAAAAAAUGUUUGGCCUGGGUACUUACGUCGAAGAUGAUAGUAAUCUUUUUCAUAAUUAUCCAGAUGUUGCAUCUUAAAAUAAAGCCUUACAUAUUUGCUCGUGUUUUUAGUUUUAUCAAAACGUUGUAUUAUUUAUAUUUAAAAUAUUUUAUAUUACAUGUAAAA